AUGGCUUUUAAUAAAGCGUUACAUGUUAAAAGGUUCAAACCGUUUCUCAAUGUGAGUCUAGUCCAUAGUAAAACUGGAUACGCUAUAUUACGUGGUAGCAGCUUCUAUGAUCGGACCCUAAACGUAUGUGUGAAACGUUACAACAAGAAUGCGUGCGCUACUACCAGGAAUAUCGAACAUCAGAAGCAACAAGUUAUAAAAAGACGCAACACAAUAAUGAAUCGAAGUGAAAAAUUGGUGAACGCUUAUAACUUGCCUCCACUUAAACCGUCAAGUGCGGAUAGUGCAAAACACAACUCUUACAAGUUACAACGUGGUUCGCAGGAAAUAGGCUCUGGAGAUCGUCUCCAUAGAGCACAUUUGUUACAAGAACGGCACAAAAACCCCAACCAAGAUCUGUCUAGCAAUAUGAAACUUGUUAAUAGUGUAGAGUUCAAUUCACUGACGGAUAUUCGAGGAACUAUGUCAUCACCAGCACCCAGGGAACAUGUUGAAGAGACUUUGAGUCAGAGCACCGGUGCGUAUUCAAAACCCAACAAGGAAUCGUCUGGUUCUUUUCCCGCCAUCAUGGUUCAAAAAUGUGAUGCGAAUACCCCCAAAACAUCUCGUAAAAACCGAUCUAUAUCUGAUGAUAUGAGAACAUUAAGUGCCAAUAGUUUGUACGUACCGUCACCGUUAAUAUUGCGGAGGCGGGAAGGUAACUCCGUUACGGAAUCAGACGAUAAUUUAAGCCGCUCGGAAGGAAGUCUGCACAUGAACAAUUUAUCUGAAACACUAGGUAAAGAGAAUCCGUCCAUGCCAUUUGGUGCCCCAGUCAGUGGUGAAAAGAAACGACCGGGAAUCAUAUCCGCUGAGGAAGUCGCAAUUGAAGAAUUCAGAAAACAUAGAGAAAUGUAUUCACCGUCCACUCCACGAAAACCGGUUCGUUUAAUUGCUUUAAGUCAAGCCUCGAGGUCACAGUCGACUGGUGACGUUAAUCCAAAGCGGAAGUGA